UCAACCUAGAAGUGAACCAACAGAGAUCGCAUAGUUAGUAGCUUCUUCAACGGCAUUGUGGUUGUCCGUUCAUCGUUUUCCUGCCUGUAUUGACAGUGUUAGAUCGAUCGAUCGAAUUCAAUAGUAGCGUUGAAUUCUGAAUCGAUACAACGAAGGGACUAAUUGUCCGAAAAAAAUUUUACCAAGAGACAUACACACAUACAAAUUAAAGGAUUACGCGCACACGACCGGGAGUUGUGAUUGAAUUGUGCUCAAAAUGAGGAGCGCUUUUAUCAUUUUGGCGCUUUGCGUCGCCGGUAUUUUUGCGAAUGCCAGCACGGAUACACUUGUGAGGAAAGAACGCGCAGCUGAGGGCUAUGAUUAUCCUCCACCAGUUAUUCCAUUCCCCGAACCAACCAGAAGACCACCACCACCACCAACAUACUUACCACCCACUAACAAACCACAGCCACCAGCACCUAAGCCAACGACGCGUGCUCCACCACCACCGGUGACACGCCCACCACCACCACCACCACCAACUUAUCUGCCACCAACCAACAAACCACAGCCACCAGCACCUAAGCCAACGACGCGACCACCACCACCGCCGGUAACACGUCCACCAGCACCCAAGACAACUCGUCCACCUCCACCAGUGACAAGGCCACCACCAACAUACUUGCCACCCACCAAUAAGCCACAGCCUCCAGCACCGAAACCAACCACUCGACCACCACCACCAGUAACUCGUCCACCACCAGUGGAGCGUACCACAUACAUUUACAACCCGCCAGAAAAUCCUCUAACUUAUCCUCCACCAACGAACAAACCACAACCUCCAGCGCCAAAACCAACCACUCGCCCACCUCCACCACCACCACCACCAGUGACAAGACCACCACCAACUUACUUGCCACCAACCAACAAACCUCAGCCCCCAGCACCGAAACCAACGACGCGUCCACCACCACCACCUGUAACUCGUCCACCAGCACCGAAGACAACUCGUCCUCCUCCUCCGGUAACGAGACCGCCACCAACAUACUUGCCCCCCACCAAUAAACCACAGCCUCCAGCACCAAAACCAACUACUCGUCCACCUCCACCAGUAACUCGUCCUCCUCCACCGAAGACAACGCGUCCCCCUCCUCCACCAGUGACAAGACCCCCACCACCACGUACUACUCCAGGACCAACUUACCUGCCACCAACUAACAAACCACAGCCUCCAGCACCAAAACCAACUACUCGUCCACCACCACCACCAGUAACUCGUCCACCAGCACCGAAGACAACUCGUCCUCCUCCUCCAGUAACGAGACCACCACCAACAUACUUGCCACCAACCAAUAAACCCCAACCUCCAGCACCGAAACCAACCACUCGCCCACCACCACCCGUCACCCGUCCCCCAGCACCAAAAACGACUCGUCCCCCUCCUCCAGUGACGAGGCCACCACCAACCUACUUACCACCCACAAACAAACCACAACCACCAGCGCCUAAGCCAACUACUCGUCCACCACCACCAGUGACUCGCCCUCCACCACCCAAGACUACGCGUCCACCCCCUCCACCAGUAACAAGACCACCACCCCCACGUACUACUCCAGGACCAACUUAUCUGCCACCAACCAACAAACCACAACCACCAGCACCAAAACCAACUACUCGCCCACCACCACCACCAGUAACUCGUCCACCAGCACCGAAGACAACUCGUCCUCCUCCUCCGGUAACGAGACCACCACCAACUUAUUUGCCACCAACCAACAAACCUCAGCCACCAGCACCAAAACCAACUACUCGUCCACCACCACCAGUCACACGUCCACCCCCACCCAGGACGACACGUCCACCAGUGCCAGUGACGAAACCACCUCCAACCUACUUACCACCCACAAACAAACCACAGCCACCAGCACCUAAGCCAACAACUCGUCCACCACCACCAGUGACUCGUCCUCCACCACCGAAGACUACGCGUCCACCUCCUCCACCAGUAACAAGACCACCACCACCACGUACUACUCCAGGACCAACUUACCUGCCACCAACCAACAAACCGCAGCCUCCAGCACCAAAACCAACUACUCGUCCACCACCACCACCAGUAACUCGUCCACCAGCACCGAAGACAACUCGUCCUCCUCCUCCAGUGACUAGGCCACCACCAACAUACUUGCCUCCUACUAAUAAACCCCAACCUCCAGCACCAAAACCAACUACUCGUCCACCACCACCAGUAACUCGUCCACCAGCACCGAAGACAACUCGUCCUCCUCCUCCAGUAACGAGACCACCACCAACAUACUUGCCACCAACCAACAAACCACAACCACCAGCACCAAAACCAACUACUCGCCCACCACCACCACCAGUAACUCGUCCACCAGCACCGAAAACAACACGUCCUCCUCCUCCAGUAACGAGGCCACCACCAACUUACUUGCCACCCACAAACAAACCCCAACCACCAGCGCCUAAGCCAACUACUCGUCCACCUCCACCACCAACUACACGUCCACCACCAGUCACUCGUCCUCCUCCACCACCAGUGACUCGUGUUCCACCCCCACCAGUGACACGUCCACCCCCACCACAGCCAAAACCAACCCCUAAGGAUGAAGGCUACAAAUACCCCGUGCCAAGCAUUCCUUUUGAAUACUAAGUGUCAACUGUAACAGUUGUCUUGCCCAAUUUUAUGAUAAGAGAGAUAGCCUGCGAUUUUUAAAAGUUAUACAACAAAGUCGUGAAGCUCCUUAACGCCGAAAGCUAAAAAUCUAGCGAUGUGGUACCAAGAUUCAAACUAGGGCUAGAUUUAUCUAGUCAAAACAUUAUGAGAAGGUUAUUUUUGCUUUCGACUCCAAAAGAGCUGUAGCAAGAAUUCCAAAUGUGUUUUCUUUUUGUUUUAUGCUUAAAAAUACUCUUACAGUUAGAAAUACUUAUUUUAUAAAAAAAAUUACGAUUUUGUUUUGUAUUUUGGAUGUAACUUUUCAAUUUUUGUAAGCCAAAAUGUCAAUGUAUGAAAGAGUUUAUUGAAACCAAUAAAUUAUGUAUGUACCUAAAUAUGUUUUUAAAUGUUUGGUAUCGAUUGAAACUCAAAAAAUUUCCUCAACUUUCUAAACUGGAAAUCAAGUCUUGCCAGAA